AAGAAAAUCCUCACUGUGAAUUUCUGAGGUUAUUUUCAACGCGUCGGUCCAGAUAUUCACCGACUGCCAGAAGGGAGCGCUAUUGAGUCAGGUAACCCUAUGACGACGUGCGGUCGUAUCGUCAGAGUACCGUGAGGUGUGCGGUGAUUGUCAGUGCCAGACGGACCUCAGCGAGUCGACCGCAACUCUGAAUUAUUCGAGUAUCGAGCACAUAAUUUGACGGAAUAUACGGAUGUGCUGUUUAAUAGAGAAUCUUGAGGAUUCUUGUGAUACUAUGCCAGAAUCUAAAUGCCAUUUGGGCAUUCAAGCACCUGGAUCCGAAUGACACCUACAGCCAUCCUCAAUGCUUACCAAACACUGCGCCAACAUGCUUCACAAAAAUGGAUCUUUUUGUACGGAUUUCCUUCUGUUGGCCCUCAUAUGCCUUUCCGUGGACCCCGUGAGAAGGAAUCUCUGAGUUUCUAGUGCCAUCCGAUCAUCUACUGCACUCUCCUCUUGUUCUGGUCGCCUCCGCAACUGUACAUUUGUUCUCUCCACCAGUCUGUUAGUGUUCGCUGGAUCUAAAAAAAUAGAGGCGGACAUCAUCACUAAUCCCAUCCUCACUCAAAAGGAUACGAGACGACUGUCUGACAAUGGCAAGGCUUUUGUCUGUCACAGCAGUUUUGGCUGGAAUUCUUAUUGUGUCAAGGCUAUGUGCUGGAGCAGGUCAGAAUCCAGAUCACGUGCUGCUGGGCACAGGAGUCAAACCUGGAUCAGACUACAGAAGGUCUGGAGAUGAUUCUACUCUGUCACCAGAAGAUGCUGCUCGGUUCCUCAGCUGCCAUUGCUCAGGUCACUGCCCUGACAACGCCAAGAAUAACACUUGCGAGACAAAUGGGCAAUGCUUUGCUAUCAUUGAAGAAGAUGAAAAUGGAGAUAUGAUACUAAGCUCAGGCUGCAUGAAAUAUGAGGGCUCUCACUUUCAGUGCAAAGAUUCACAGUUUGCACAGACACGGCGAACUAUUGAAUGCUGCCAGUUCGACUUCUGCAAUCGAGACCUAAAGCCAGAGUUACCUCCUCGAGAGUUAGAAGCACCAGACCCUCACUGGCUGGCCUUUCUCAUUUCAGUCACCGUAUGCUGUUGCACCCUCAUCUGCGUCAGUGUCAUCUGUUAUUACAGGUACAAGUGGCAGACAGAGAGGCAGCGCUACCACAGAGACCUGGAGCAAGAUCAGGCUUUUAUCCCAGCUGGAGAAUCACUGAAAGAUCUCAUCAACCAGUCUCAAACGUCAGGCAGUGGCUCUGGGCUCCCUCUGCUGGUACAACGCACCAUAGCGAAGCAGAUCCAGACAGUGCGUCUCAUCGGUAAAGGGCGAUAUGGAGAGGUGUGGCUGGGUCGAUGGAGGGGAGAGAAAGUAGCUGUGAAAGUGUUUUUCACUAGAGAGGAGGCUAGCUGGUUUAGAGAGACCGAGAUCUACCAGACCGUGCUAAUGAGACACGAGAACAUACUAGGCUUCAUUGCUGCUGACAUUAAUGGUACUGGAGCAUCUACACAGCUGUACCUGAUCACAGACUAUCACGAGAACGGCUCUUUGUACGAUUAUUUGAAGUUCACCACUCUGGAUGCACAGGCGCUGCUGAGACUGGUCUACUCUGCAGCCUGCGGCCUGUGUCACCUGCACACAGAGAUCUACGGCACACAGGGAAAACCGGCCAUCGCUCACAGAGACCUGAAGAGCAAGAACAUCCUCAUCAAGAAAAACGGCACUUGUUGUAUUGCCGACCUAGGCCUUGCUGUCAAAUUUAACAGUGACACAAAUGAAGUGGACGUCCCUCUGAGUACACGAAUGGGAACCCGACGCUAUAUGGCUCCAGAAGUCCUGGAUGAGACUUUGAAUAAGAACCACUUCCAGGCCUACAUCACGGCCGACAUCUACAGCUAUGGGCUGGUUAUAUGGGAAAUGGCCAGACGCUGUGUUACUGGAGGUAUUCAAAGCCCUCUCAGAUUACUUAGAAUUAUUCAUAUUUUUACUAAAAUUCAGAAAAAAAUAAAAUUUUUCACAAUCGAAAAUGUAUUGCUCUAUAUUUGCAUAUAUAUUGUAUUGUUUAUGAAUACAUCAUGUUUUCCAGGUAUUGUUGAGGAGUACCAGCUACCAUAUUAUGAAAUGGUGCCAUCGGACCCAUCUUACGAGGAAAUGCUUGAGGUAGUGUGUGUUAAAGGAUUGCGUCCAACUGUGUCCAACAGAUGGAACAGUGAUGAGUGCUUGAGGGCCAUGUUGAAGCUGAUGUCAGAAUGCUGGGCCCAUAAUCCUGCAUCACGGCUGACCAUCUUGAGAGUCAAGAAGACUUUAGCAAAAAUGGUGGAAUCUCAAGACAUUAAAAUCUGAUUCAUAUUUUGAACUCAGCCCAUUGUGAGAAGACGAACUGAGUGGUUUUAUUUCAUCCUUGACAUCAUCCUCUUUACAGUGGAGUAUUAAGGAAGAGUCAAGGAUGGGGACAUCUAAGGCCUGCGUAAAAUACAACAAGUUGUUUUCUUUCCGGCUCGGAUCAGAAUUGGUGUCUUUGCUGCUUUCUGUGAAAGCUUUAUCAUUACCGACUGAGGAUUAUUGCAACAACCAUGAAUUUUGGAAAGUGAGAUCUUCUGGUGGUUUUGGGAAGGACUCAUGUAUAACCCACUGCCUUAGAAAAUAAUACACAUUUACCAGGUAUUUUUAAGUGUCUUUAGUUUUAGGGAUUGACCUCCUGCCAUAUGGAUAAAAUACUUUUGACCUCUUGUGGAAUCUCUGUACAGCAUACUGUGAUUUAAUGUAAAUAUAUUUUAGUACUAGAUCAAUUGUAAAGAGCAAAACAUGAUAUAAUCAAUACAGUAGAUAUUCAAUAACAAGUAGUUAACUGGACGAUAGAGGAAGAUUGUGCUGCAUUUAAAAAGAUUUUAACCAUAAAAGUAGUUGUUCCCUUGAACUUUUGAGGAAAAUGUUACAUUUCAUUAGGAAAUUACACAUUCCCCUCAGGAAAGGUUAAAAUGUAAGACAUGCAUGCUGUUUUGCAUUGUUAUUUUGUCCAGCCGUGUCAAAGUUAUUUUGUUGCAUGUAUCAUCUUCAGUUUGAAAUACAUGCAGUUUUUUAAAGCAUAGAAACAUACUCCGUUGGCAUUCCCCAUAUUCUUGUUCACAUUAGCUCUUGACCAUAAUUUUCGAACAUGUACUAACUUUUGUAAAUCUGGGGGAUAUUGUUUAGGAAUGUUCAUGCUGACAGCUGUGUUUCGUGUCAAACUGACUGCUGUCAGUCAUUUUCAAUAGGAGGUCAUUUGAAGUGCCACAAGAAACAAAUUAUAGAUGUGACAAAUUUGAGAAAAGUUUAACUAUGUGCAGUGCUCUGACAUAGCAAUGGGAAAGCAGACAGUGAACCUCUGUAAUUUUAAACCCUAGUUUGUGUUUGUUGUGAUGGUACUUUUGACUCUGGUACUUUAUAGACAGUUAAUUCAUUCCUAAAUUUCUUGCAGUUACAAAAGCUGGGCAAUUUUCUGGUACAUACAUCAGUAUGAACAGGAUAAACAUUAUGUGCAAUCUAUAGUUUAAGAUGAAUUAUAUGUAUAAACAACCACAGCCAUUUUUAUUCACGUGCUGAUAUACUGAACAUACUGUAUGUUCUUGCCAAUAUUUUUAUCAUUUAUUUAAAUUGUAUUCAUGUCUGUGAGAUGUCUGAAGGUGAAGGGUACGACUGUAAUGAACUAACAUCUGUUAGUCAUCAUGGGCAGUCAGAAUAGUGUCCUGGCAAUUGGUACGUUCCAAAAUGCACAUUAUUGUUAGGAAUGUUAUAAAUCUUGUUUACAGAACUCAAUUGCAGAUUUUUUUUUAUUUAAAAAAUGCAUGCUUCUUUCCUAGUGUACUCAUUUAUUUUUCUCAGUGCCAUUAAUAAUACCAGUAAUAAAAACAGUAACCGUAAAAAAGUAUAACAUAAUAAACAAUCAUUCUGUACACGAGUUUCUGGAGGAAUUACAAAUAAAGCUACAGAAUGAUAAUAUCAGUGCCAGAAUAAGGUGCUUUGUCAAAUACUACCAGCACAGAUGGGGUUCUGUCAUGCAAAUAAUACAAAAUAGAAAAUACAAAAUAUUUUAGAAAGGUUCUGAAAAACGCUCUGAAAAUAAAUAAAAUAGAUCUAAGAAAUAAAACCUUACAAUGAUAAAUGACUUACGUGUUUAGUACAAUAGGCUAGCUAGAGCAUAUCCUAACUGAAGAUAAUAUUUAAGAACAUCUGAACACUUUGGGAAGACGUAUCCUGGUAUACAUGUAAUACUUGAAUAAUUGACACUUCGGCAAUUUAUAUCUACAGUGGCGGAAAGGGGAUAGUAACAUGUUUUUCCACCAACCAAAAUGUAAACAUUUUGCAUCUAGACCAUGUCAUCUGUAUGUCUCAAUACUCAUGAAAACUGAGAAUGCGACUUGUUAUCGUAAUCAUCAGCGUAAUAGAGUUUUUGGGGAAAGUGAAAGGGGACAUCUUUUUGUCAUGAAUUUUUUUGCGUAAUUGUUAAUUGGACAUGAAUUUGACUAUAUUGUACAUAUGCCAUGUAAAUAUUUUACUGUGCUUUACCAUAGAAGCACUUUUUUGUUUUAAAACAGCGCCAUUGUUGAAAGGGUGCAUUAUGGGGAUGCUUCAUACUCUGUAUAAUAUUUGUCCAUGUAAUCAUUUUGAAAAUAUAUAAUUUUAGUACACUGA